ACAAAUUCAGCAUAAGAAAUAUUAAAUGCUCGUCAGUGAUCGUAAUAGAAAAUUGGAAAAACAAUCAUAGUUGCAACUUGUUGCGAAAAUAUUUAUUUUAUUGUGGCCUACGUUUAAAAGUUUCGGUUUAAGAACAACAGUACCUGUAUUGAUUUUGUUGCAUUAUACAAAUUGAUUAAAAAUCACCUAAUCUGCUACAUAAAAGAUUUGAUCAAGUGAACACACACGCCCACAUAAAAAUGGAAUCUAAAGCUAUUUUAAGUGCUAACCAAGCUAGAAUUCGUCCAGGACAGAAACAAAACAUUUGGAUUUUUGGGAGUAGUGGCGAAAAUAGAGCCGGCUUGAAACGAAACAACAAUCACUUGUCCAUGCGAGGACCACCUCACAAAGUUUUCUUCGGAAAAAAUCAUCGAUUACUUCCGUCACAUGCUAUUCCUCAUGAGAAAACUCCCGUGCUGCGAAAGAGAGUGUUCACAUCAUUUAGCAUCAGCCAUGCUAUGGAAGAUGACGCAAACAGGACAAUAAUUCCCAGAAAGCUGCCUAAAAUAAAUGCCGGCGAUGAUGUCGAAGAUAUGAGAAAAUUGUUUGAGCAAUGGGAAAAGGAUGACUGCAAAGAAAACAAAGUGCAAAAGGAGAAGAAACAGUCAGGUCGAAGGAUAUGGCACAUUGAAGCUUACAUUGAACAAACAGUUUUUGAAAGCUCUUCGGAGACAUAGUUGAUACAUGGGCUUGGCGUGUUACUGAAAUAGUUUUAUUGAUUUUUCGUUACAAAAUUGAUUUGAGUGAUAAAAUAUUUAUACUGUUUAUGUGAACACAGUCAAUUUAAACUAAUAAAUGUUACCGGAAAGACUAAGCAUCGAGCUGUUUUUU